AUGAAGGAUCUUAAAGAGCAACGUGUUUGUGUGAAAUUUUGUUUCAAAUUGGGAAAAACUUUUAAGGAGAAUUUUCAAAUGUUGCAACAGGCUUAUGGGGAGGAUUGUUUGAGCCGUACACAAUGUCACGUGUGGUACCAGUGUUUCAAAUGGGGAAGAACAUCCACCGAAGACGAUCCCAUAUCUGGACGGCCUUCCACGUCAACGGACGGCGAUCACGUUGAGAAAGUGCGUGCUGUGAUCCAUGAAAAUCGUCGCCUGACUGUCCAUGAAGUUUCUGAAGAAGUAGGCAUCUGUGAAAGUUCGUGCCACACGAUUUUAACCAAAGAACUGAAGAUGCAUCGUGUUGCCGCAAAAUUUGUGCCACGUCUGCUGACAUAUGAGCAAAAGGAGAACCGUGUCACAGUCAGUCAGGAGCUGUUUGAUCGUUCGAAUGCUGAUGAAAACUUUCUGAAAAAUGUCAUAACAGGUGAUGAAACGUGGGUGUACAGCUACGAUGUCGAGACAAAAGGCAGUAGUCGCAGUAGGUUGGAACAUCGUCGCCAUGACCAAAAAAAGCAAGUCAGAGUCGCUCAAAUGUGA